AUGAAAAUGCUCGCCCGCUCAUACUUGUGGUGGCCAGGUCUUGACAAGGAUAUUGAAGCAAGGGUGCGACGUUGCGAUCAAUGUGCAUCCGUCGCGGCACAAGAAUCUCCGGUGCCACUUGAUCAGUGGGAGUCACCAGAGAAGCCCUGGUGUCGACUGCAUGCUGAUUUUGCAGAGCUGCAUGGGAAUCAUUAUUUUGUCUUAGUAGACGCUUUCAGCAAGUGGCCAGAAGUGGUGCGCAUGGUGUCUACCACAGCAAUCAAGACUAUUGAGGUGUUGAAAGACAUCUUUCUUCACAAUGGUCUUCCCGAGGUACUGGUGUCGGACAAUGGCCACCAGUGGCCACAAUUUCACCAGUCAACUUUUCGAACGUUUCUUGUCGGAACAAGGAAUUCAUCAUGUUCGGACACCUCCAUAUCAUCCCAAGUCGAACGGACAAGCAGAGAACUUUGUCCAAACUUUAAAAGCUGCGCUGUCCCGUUCAAGCGUGGAGGACAGGGAGGUUUUGAGAAGUUUCGUUUUCAAAUACCGGGUAACCCCACAUGCGUCGACCGGCCGUCCACCAUGUGA